UUUAUAUUUAUAUUUAUAUUUAUAUCUCUCAAUCAAAUAUUGAAAAUCGAGUUAUCUUCUUCCAAAUCCCCCAUGACUGACCGCUCACCAGAAAAACAGACCACUGUCAGCCGCCGCCGUCAAACCACCCCACCUUCCUGUAAAUUCUGAUGAAUUGCUGAAGAAGAUCAAUGGAGGGGCUGAGCAGCUGCAACCUCACCUCCAAACCUCACCCUUUCCAUCAAAUCCCUUUAAAAAACGUUUCCUUCAAAAUCAAAGCAUCGCCAUCACCGGUUUUCCCUCCAAAGAAAUCGAAAACCUCCAAUAGAAAGAGCCCAUCAUCCCAAAGCUUUGUACCACUCCACAGAAAAAACCCUCAUGUCGUUUACAGAGACAUCCAAAAGCUUGCAAAAGAGAACAAGCUUGAACAAGCCCUCAGCCUGUUGGACUACAUGGACCGCCGCGGCAUCCCCACCAACGCCACGACGUUCUCCGCCCUCAUCGCCGCGUGCCUGAGGGCGAAGUCGAUAGAGGCAGCAAGACGAGUGCAUACGCACAUUAGGAUAAACAGCCUUGAAGGGAAUGAAUUCUUGCAGACGAGGCUGGUUCACAUGUAUGCAGGCUGUGGCUCGAUUGAGGAUGCGAAGAAGGUGUUUGGCGAUAUGCGCGUUUCCAGCGUUUAUCCCUGGAACGCGCUGCUUAGGGGUAGCGUGGUUUUGGGGAGGCAUAAUCAUCGCGAAGUGUUGGGUUCGUUCAAUGAAAUGCGUGCUGCUGGCGUGGAGAUGAAUGCGUAUAGCUUCUCUUGCUUGAUCAAGAGCUUGGGAGGGAAUCGGGCGCUUCGCCAAGGGUUGAAGACUCAUGGAUUGUUGAUCAAGAAUGGUUUUUUGGAGGAUGUUAUAGUUAGGACUAGCUUGAUUGAUAUGUAUUUCAAGUGUGGCAAGGUUAAGCUCGCGUGUAGCGUGUUUGAGGAGGUCGAGGAGAGGGAUGUCGUGAUGUGGGGAGCGAUGAUAGCGGGUUUCGCGCAUAAUAAGUUGCAAAGAGAGGCAUUGGUGUACACUAGGUGGAUGGUGGAGGAGGGGAUUGCAGUUAACUCUGUUAUAUUGACUAGCAUUCUUUCGGUGAUAGGAGAAGUGUCUGCACGGAAAAUAGGACGAGAGGUUCACGCGUACGUGGUUAAGACCAAGGAUUACUCAAACCUCCCGUUUAUUCAGUCCGGACUGAUUGAUAUGUAUUGCAAGUGUGGGGAUAUGGUUUCAGGGAGAAAGGUGUUUUAUGGUACAGCGGAGAGAAGCAUCGUUUCGUGGACUGCUCUUCUAUCAGGUUACGUUGCGAAUGGGAGGCUCGAGCAGGCACUGAGAUCCGUCAUCUGGAUGCAACAAGAAGGGUUCAAACCUGACCUCGCCACAAUCGCUACAGUUCUUCCAGUUUGUGGAAAACUGCGUGCGUUGAAGCAAGGGAAGGAAAUCCACUCUUACGCGAUCAAGAAUGGAUUCGGGCGAGGAGUUUCAGUAGCAACGUCUCUGAUGAUGAUGUACUCCAAGUGUGGUGUUUUAGACUAUUGCUUAAGGGUGUUUGAUAACAUGGAGAGGAUGAAUGUGAUCGCGUGGACUGCCAUGAUCGAAAGCUACAUAGAAUGCCAACGCCUGCACGAGGCAAUUGAUAUCUUCCGAGCAAUGCAGUUAUCCGAGCACAGGCCAGACUCAGUCACGAUAGCAAGAGUGAUGCGUGUCUGUAGCCAGCUCAAGGCUCAAAAACACGGAAAAGAAAUCCACGGGCACGCUGUGAAGAAGGACUUUGCCUCUGUCCCUCGUGUUUCUGCUGAAACUGUUCGUAUGUAUGGAAGCUGGGGCGCCAUUGACAAGGCUAAGUCGGCUUUUGAGGCCAUUCGUGUUAAAGGGCCGAUAACUUGGACUGCCAUCAUUGAGGCUUAUGGAUGCAGUGGUCACUAUGAAGAAGCUAUACAUGUCUUUGACAAGAUGGUAUCAGAUGGUUUUUCACCCAACGAGUUCACGUUCAAAGCGGUCCUACAUGCUUGCGAGCAGGGUGGUUUUGCGGAUGAUGCAACGAGGGUCUUUACUUUGAUGACUCGGAGAUACAAAAUCGCAGCAUCUGAAGAGCACUACAGUACCAUAGUUGGCCUUCUGAGCCGUGUAGGCCGAACGGAGGAGGCUGAGAAGUUCGAAAAACUGAGUUCAGUCCUUGCUUUGGCUAAAAAUUAACGAUGAACAUGCCCGUCCUUCGUUCGUUUAACGCGAAUUUUAAACGUUAACCGCCUUACUUUCGUGUAUGUUUUCAUGCCGCAGAGGCCAAAAAUUGUUCCUUUGCCUAUUGAUAGGACCAUGUAAAAACGUUUUUAGAACCUUAACAUCUUUAUCAUAAAUCGAAUUGUGAGUUUUAUUCUCUC